AUGUCCUCUUCCUCCCCCACGGACCAGAUCGCAAGUGCGGUGGAGAUAAAGCAAGAAAAUGGGAUGGAAGCCGCCCCCGAAGGAAAGGAGGCGCCACGAGAAGUGGUGGGGGGAGCCGUGGCAGCACUCAAUCCUCCGGCUGCCGCCCCUUUCCCCAUGGAGCCCGUGGGUUCCACCGCUGCUGCUGGCGGAGAGGAGGGGGCGGCAGCGGCCGUAGCGGCCGCGGCCGCAGCCGCAGCAGCGGCCGCAGCAGCAGUGGCCGCCGCGGGAGCUGCGGCGGACCAGGUACAACUCCACUCUGAACUUCUAGCCCGAAACCACCAAGCAGCCGCGGCGGCCGCCGCCGCCGCCGCCGCCGCCGCCGCCGCGGCUGCAGCGCAGACCCCGCUGGCUUUUUCUCCGGACCACGUCGCCUGCGUUUGCGAAGCAUUGCAGCAAGGGGGAAACUUGGACCGCCUGGCCCGGUUCCUGUGGUCUCUGCCCCAGAGCGACCUGCUACGUGGCAACGAGAGUCUCCUGAAAGCCCGAGCUUUGGUCGCCUUCCACCAGGGCAUCUACCCAGAGCUCUACAGCAUCCUCGAGAGCCACAGCUUCGAGUCGGCCAACCACCCGCUUCUGCAGCAGCUCUGGUACAAGGCGCGCUACAGUGAAGCCGAGAGAGCGCGGGGCCGGCCCUUGGGAGCCGUGGACAAGUACAGGCUGAGGAGGAAAUUCCCCCUGCCCCGGACCAUCUGGGACGGAGAGGAGACGGUGUAUUGUUUCAAGGAGAAAUCGCGCAACGCGCUCAAGGAGUUGUACAAGCAGAAUCGUUACCCGUCCCCGGCAGAGAAGCGGCACCUGGCCAAGAUCACCGGCCUCUCCCUCACUCAGGUCAGCAACUGGUUCAAGAACCGGAGGCAGCGCGACCGGAACCCCUCCGAGACCCAGUCCAAAAGUGAGUCAGAUGGUAAUCCCAGCACUGAAGAUGAGUCCAGCAAGGGACAUGAGGAUUUAUCUCCUCAUUCACUCUCCAGUUCUUCUGAUGGAGUUACCAACUUGAGCCUUUCCAGCCACAUGGAACCAGUGUAUAUGCAACAAAUUGGAAACACUAAAAUAUCAUUAAGUUCCCCUGGAGUGUUACUGAAUGGAGGCUUAGUACCUGCAAGUACAUCACCUGUCUUCCUUAAUGGCAAUUCCUUUAUUCAGGGACCUAACAGUGUAAUCCUUAAUGGGCUAAAUGUAGGAAAUGCGCAGACUGUGACUUUGAACCCAUCAAAAACUUCAUCAAGCAUUGUGAACAAUGGUGCAUCCAUGACUGACAUCUUGGGAUCUCCUUCAGAGGAUGUAAAAGAUUUCAAAAUCCUCCAGAGUUCCACAACAAAUUCUACAGCAACAACAUCCUACAGCCCCAGUGUCCCUGCUUCAUUUCCUGGUUUGAUACCUAGCACUGAAGUGAAAAGGGAAGGCAUACAAACAGUGGCUUCUCAAGAUGGAGGUUCUGUGGUGACUUUUACAACUCCCGUACAAAUAAACCAGUAUGGCAUUGUACAGAUCCCCAAUUCAGGAACAAAUGGCCAGUUGCUUAAUGGAAGCAUUGGAUUCUCUUCUCUGCAGCUGCCUCCUGUUUCAGUGGCAGCUUCACAAGGUAAUAUUUCAGUAAAUUCAAGCACUUCUGAUGGGGGGACAUUUACAAGUGACUCUACCACAGCACAGCAAGGAAAGGUUUUCUUCAGCUCUCUUGCACCUAGUGCAGUAGUCUACACAGUUCCAAAUUCAGGUCAAACAGUAGGAUCUGUUAAACAAGAGGGCUUGGAAAGGAGCCUUGUAUUUUCUCAAUUAAUGCCUGUCAAUCAAAACCCACAAGUCAAUGUAAACAUGUCUUCUGAAAAUAUCUCGAGCAGUGGCCUACAUCCUAUGGCCUCAUCAUUAGUUAAUGUAACUCCAACUCACAAUUUUUCCCUAGCUCCCCCUGCUCUACUAAAUGCAACAGAGCUAAAUGCUGAUAUUACUGAGAGCCAGCCCUUGUCUACACCUGUAACAAGCACAUCUACUGUGAUAUCUGUCAGCAACACUAACUAUGCAACUCUUCAGAACUGUUCCCUUAUUACUGGUCCAGACCUAAUGUCAAUUCCAAUGACCCAGCCUGCCCUUGGGGAAAUAGUUCCAGCAGCUGGAGAACGUGUGGGUCAUUCCUCCCCAGCAGUACAUGAGGAUUUUGUCAGAGAGCACCGGUUAGUUCUGCAAUCCGUAUCUAACAUAAAGGAGGAUUUCAUACCAAGUUCUGAGGACAAAACAGCAAGCAACUUAAUGAUGCUGGAUUCCAAAUCCAAAUAUGUCCUGGAUGGCAUUGUUGAAACAGUCUGUGAAGAACUGGAAACAGACAAAAAAGAGCUUGCCAAGCUCCAGACUGUCCAGUUGGAUCAAGAUAUGCAAGAUUUAUAAUUUUUUCCCCUUUGUUUUUGGCAUCCGUGUUCAAAUCUUGUCCAGAGGCCCUGAGGACAUUAAGCAUUUUCCCUACUUAAGGAAAAUACUGCACAGUUUGGCAGAGAGAUAAAUUUCAAAGACUUUGAAUUGAGUUUGCAUGAAGACCACAAUUAAAUCCAUGGAAGCAAAACUAUAUCCUUUUUUGUUCACGUGUUAAUGUUCUCUUUUAACCAAAGAAGAGAACAUGAAGGAGAUUAUCAAGUGAAGGUGCGAUGGUUUGGUUCACUUAAUGUAACCCUAAAGGCUGAAAUGGAACUUCCACAUAGAAACUUAUGUUUCACAAGUAAAAUAUAUACAUACCUAACUUCUAGAAAAUGAAAUGUAGCUAUAAAAGGAUAGAAAUAAUGCAAUUCUUUUUGUUUACUCUUACUCCUUGGGCAUUGAUACAUUUUAAAAAGCAUAGAUGAUACCUCCAAACUAUUAUUAAGAUAGUUUUGAUGUUAAGAACCUGAAUAAACCCUGAAUACUUCUGUUUUUCAGCAUUUUCCCAGCUAGUUGGAUUGUCUUUCCUGACUGACCGAUAUGAUAGCUGGUAGUUUAAUGAAGCUUAGGUAGUUUGACACUCUAAUAAAAACAACUCUGAAAUAGACUCCAGCAUGAAUGUAAAUAUAUCAAUUACUAUUAGCAGGAUAUUUUCAAUUAGUACAAUGAAUCUUAUUUAUAGGGUAUGUGUUUCCCUUUAACUUGAGGCACAA